AUGAGUAUCCAGAGGUUGCGUUACGCACAGGAGAAACAACAAGCACUUGCGAAGCGAUCACGCCGUGAUGUUGCAAAGCUGCUCAAUGAGGGCAAAGAACAGAAAGCACAUUACCGUGUUGAGAGUUUGAUCAAUGAUGAUAUACACAUUGAGCUUUUGGAGAUACUUGAGCUUUAUUGCGAACUACUUCAUGCUAGAGUUGCGAUCUUCAAUACCGUUUCUAACGAGGUGACAUUAAUUGAGUCACAUGUAGAUGAUGGAAUCAAUGAGGCAGCUAGGGCAAUCGUGUAUGCCGCAAUCUAUAUCCCUGAGAUCAAGGAACUAGUACAAAUAAAAGAUAUGUUGGGGCUGAAAUUCGGUAAUGAGUUUGUAAAAGCCAUUAUUGAAGACAAGAUAGGGGUUCCUGAGAAAGUGCUACAGAAAUGCUCGCCAAGACUACCAAAAAAAGAGCUGGUUGAGUUAUAUUUGAAGGAAAUUGCAAGAACUUACGAAGUUCCUUAUAGUGGCCUUGAGGAAUUGGAAACUGAAGGAGUUGAUGCUAAUGACGCAGAACUGACGGAAAAAGAGCCAAACUCGGACAAGUCAAGUACUAACUCAGAUGAUAGUAGGCCGAUACUUGCAGUCGAUAAUGAUGAACCAGGAGACGACAAGCAUCCAAUUAUCAUUAAAAAACCUCGUCAAAAUAGUGAAACUCUUAAUCAAGAAUUGAAGAUACCGAAAGCUAUAGUGAAUGACGUCAAAGUAUCUCAUGGCAAAUCAAAAGCCACUUCCAAAGAUAGUCUUGAUGAAUUAAGAAAACGUUUCGAAGCAUUAAAAAGAUAA